AUGAACAACAGUAACCUAUCCCAGAUCACCUCGGAGAUCCCUGACUUUAUUGGCGGGCUAUCCAAGAGGAGACAACCCAAGGGGCAUGCCCCACCGGAUGAAUUCGACCAGUACUUUGAUUAUAAACGCUUCUACGAGGGAACGCCAGCCGCCGAUGCCGACUCGCGGAGCCGGUCUGACGCCUCGUCUAUUCCGGGCCUAACCUCCGGUCCUUCGGAGGAAGACGGUGCGCCUUCCCCUAGGUCAACCGAGGACAACGCUUUCCACUUCAAAGAAGCCGUCGAAAAGAUCAAGCAACACGAUGACCGUUUCACCGUGCCAGCACGCGAGAUCAGACCUAACGGAGUCGAGUCUUAUCCAUGGCAGAUGGAAAUAGAUAAUACAGUCGGCUCGGGUGGUUCCGACGUUCAGGGAUUUGGUGGUAGCAGCCCACAUUCCCCGGCCUCCUCCAACGGAGCGUCAUCAUCGGCGUACCACAGUUCCAGUUCGGCCGACUCUCAUCUCAGUCGUGGCAAACGACAUCGCCCCUUGGAUAAUCCAGAAAAGGUCGCCCAGAUGCGCAAAAUUGGCGCCUGCUUCCGUUGCAAAACGCGCAAGAUCCCAUGCGACCAGCAAAGCCCUUGCUCGAAAUGCACGACUGAUGCAGCCAAGUACGGCGACGAUGGCGAAUUAGCCGAGCACAUGUGUUUCCGACGUCCUUCCGGCAGCAGCGAACUCGUCUUUAAUGUUAUCUUGAGGGCCAAUGUACACACCCCUGCCGCACCGCAGAGAGGUAACCCACAACAGUGGAAUGUGUUCUUCAAUCCAUAUCCCUCAGCGGAGCCGCCUUUAGUAAUCUCUGUCUCGCGCGAUGAGAGCAAUAACCUCAACAACGGCCAGACGUGGCAGACAGCCCACCAAUACGUUUUCAAUCCGCAUUGCAGUCCUGAAGACGCGAAGCUCAUCGAAUGGGCUUCGUGGCAAAUGUUCAAAGACGACAGUUCAAACUUCCAAUCAGCCCUGGAUGCUCUACUCAGCAAAUAUGCUCAAGAGGACCACUGCUUUCUACCACAUCACCAACUAGUACGCCAAGUCCGUGACAUGAGAUGCAUGUACAGGAUCUGGAGACAACAGAAAUUUUUCUGUCAAAGAUUCCAAAACACUCCCCUAGAGGAACUUCCAAACCAUAUAUGCCAGGACUUAAAGAGGAUUAUGCUCUCUAGAAUGAAGGCACUUGAGUCGACUAUCAUGACGCAAUUCUGGAGGAUCCUAGAAAAGCCACAUGAUCGAUUACCGCUCUGGGCCUGCAUGAUGCAAUUCAUUCUGAUGUACCGGGACAUCCUCAACCGGUCGAAAGAUCUCUGCGGAGACCAGACACGGAUACAAAGUGUAACGAUGAGCCUCUUUAACAAUUUGAUUGUAAUGUGUGAGAUUUGCUUCGGCAAGAAAAAGCCGGAGCCGAUGGCCGAUGACGGAAAUCCAAUAAAAAGGCAACUGAAUGCCGAUUUUAAGAGAGUGGAAAGCUACAGAGAUGACUUCUACCAAGCCAUCCAAGAUUGUGUUAACACCUGCCCAAAUCCUUCCACGUUCGACCGCCUCAUCUGUAUCCUGUUAAUCGGAUCACAAAGAAGCGUCACGCGGUCUGGGACUCGAGCAUCAAAGCGAGCCAAGCGAUAAGAAUGUUGCCGCAACACAAAUUCCUUGGCGAUUUCGUUUCUUGCUGUUGUUUUUAUCUCGGGUUAGGUUUCGGAGUUUCAAGCAGAAUUUCAAUACGAGUCUAUGAUCUGAUGAAGGUCGACGGUUUAGCGAAGGAGUUUUGCGACAGGCUGAUACCCAUUCGCAUUUUGAGCCUGCAUUAUGCCUUGUUAUGAUAGGGGAAGGGGACACUUCGAAAGGCAUAUUGCUUGUUUAACGACAUUCGCUGCCAGUAUCAGCAUCCCGGAAGGGUAUUCCAUUUCUAAUUAAAAAUGCGGGCAUCGUAUUUUCGAUCGUAUUUGUAUAAUGUUAUGGUCUUGGUAUGUCUGGAAUUAGGAGUCGAUUAUCUGUAAAGUGAGCUCGACCUUCGUGC